UAUAGUGACCAUGAAAAGCAUUGUGCAGUCCAUUGCAGUGUGGGGCAGGAAAGCACCAUCUCAUUCCAUCUGUGCCCUAAUGCUGACUGAUGACCAGCGGACCAUCGUGACAGGAAGUCGGGAAGGUCAGAUAUGCCUCUGGAAUCUGUCGCCUGAUUUCAAGAUUCAGCCUCGUGUCCUGUUGUUUGGCCACACGACUUCCAUCACUUCGCUUGGCAAAGCGAGUGAGAAGCAGCCAUACAUUGUCAGCGCGGCAGAAAAUGGGGAGAUGUGCCUAUGGAAUGUCACCAGUGGCCAAUGCAUUGAACAGACAAAACUGCCCUUCACUCACACAGCAAUCUAUUAUUACUACCGUUCCUUUCGGAUGUCGGGAGAGGGCUGGUUGCUGUGCUGUGGUCAGUACCAGGAUGUCUUGGUCAUCGAUGCACGGACCCUGGAGCUUCUCCACGCUCUCGCUUCCUCUGCAACCCCAGACUGGAUCAGCUCCAUGUGCAUUGUCCGCUCACAGAGAAUCCAAGAGGAUUCGCUGGUUGGCAUUUCAGUGACAGGAGAGCUCAAGGUGUGGGAUCUGUCAUCAUCUGUCAAUGGGGUUCAGGCCAGAGAGAAUGUCUCUGAAUCAGAGUCCAAGUCACUUCAGUGCUUCGAUUGUCAAUCUGUCUGCUUUUGUACCUACACAGAGCGGUUGCUCUUGGUGGUUUGUGCUGACUGCUGGAAGGUUUUUGACUAUUGUGACUUUUCAUUGCUGUGUUUGGGCAGCAGCAAAGACAGUCAGCACUGGGCCGGUGGGGAAGUUUUAGCCGCCAACAAAAUAAUAGUCUGGACUGAGAGUGGCCGCAGCUACAUUUACCAGCUGCCUGACAAGUGGGCGCAGGUGGGAAAGCCACGCGAUAAGCUCAGCAGUUUGUUCAGAACGGGCAUCUUUACCUCCCGUCAACAUUCGUUAACAGAGACUGUUGCACCACGCCUGCUGUGCUACACAUCCAGUGAUACCAGCAGUAAGUUUCUCCAGGCAAUUCUGAUUUACAUCAAUGAACGUAAGGAGCCUUUUCACAAGAUUCUCUUCUGUGGUGAAGCUUCGGGGAAGGUUUCCAUGUGGCACAUUCCCGAUGUUCCAAUGGCCACGCGUGAUGGCUCCCCCCAAGAGAUUAAGAUGGUUGCAACGUUGAGCCUACAAGGAGCAUUUGAACAGCACAAGAUGGCCACAGAAGAAAUAACUGACCAGUUGGGUGGACACGUGAAUGGGAUUCCGUCUGGUUUGAUCACAGCCAGUAUUUAUAUUCCAAAUCUUGAAAAACUUGUUUGUGGAUGUGAAAAUGGGCGGAUAAUAAUCACCUUGGGUCUGCAGGCUGCACGAGCCCAACUCCUGGUCGAACAUUUUUUCUUAAAAGCCUGGUUGCCACACAGGAUUCUGGUGGGCCACUGUGGCCGAGUGACCUGCCUCCUCCACCCGCACAGUAAAUCUGCCACCUUCGACCCCAGCUGGUUGGUGUCAGGAGACGAAGACUCGUGCGUGAUCUCGUGGGACAUGUUCAAAGGGGAGGUCCUGCACAGAUUUGUCCUGCACGCGGGGGCCGUUCUGAACCUGUCCGUGUGUCCAGAGGAAUGCAGUCCAGAGAUGCACCAGGCCAUUUGCUGUGUGGCAAAUGAUAACUCUGUGGCACUGCUGAGCCUCCAAUGUCGAACAUGUCUGAUGCAUGCAAGGAAGCAUCUGUCACCAGUGCAGAUAAUAAAGUGGCGUCCGGCAGAGGCUCUCCUGAUAGUGGAGUGUAUAGAUGGAGCCGUCUAUGUCUGGGACAUCGAGACAGGAACACUUGAUCGACACGAGACUGGUGAGGUGGCAAAGGCAAUCAUCGGAUCGUGUGAUGACUCCUUGUCUAUAUUCAUGAACACAAUCGAUUCGAUAUCCAUGGGAGGGGGAUCUCCUGACCCAGUGCAAAGGAAGAGCUGCAAGCAAUGUGCAUCCUUCAAAUUCAGCACAUCUCCUGCGGCUUUCCACACCACAGAGUUUGCGUUUCCCGACCCAAUUCCUCAAACGUUCACCAUCCAGCCAGUGAAGACCAGCUGGAGCGACAGCACCACGCACGUUUUGCUGUUCGACGUCAGCACCAUCUGCGAGCAGCUUCUCUCUCAUCGAGAGAAGGAGCCCAAGGCGCAAAGUGCUCAAGUCCUAAGCCACGAGGCACUGAAGCGGCUGGCUAAUGUCGACGGCAGAAAACCGCCAAUGUCCUCGAAAAGGAGCAAGGCCCCAGCAAAUCCCUCUCAGCCAAACGGGCUGGCAGCGAAAGGUUUGGUCCGCGAACAUAUCUUUUACAAUGAGCACUGUGUGGGCGGGUUUGGAAGGGAAGGAGCCGGAAUUAGCAAGCACAAGACGAAAGGCAAAUGUACGAAAAAGGCCCCAGCAUCAGCGGUGAGAAAAAUGGACGUUACAAUGGCCAUGGACGCAGCGAAAUUGCUGAUCUCCUGUCUGUUUCCCUGGGGUGUGGAUCGGGACCUGGAUGAAAUCUGCAUCAAGCAUCUGGGCAUGUACCAGCCACGCUGUCCGGUGGCCUUUGGCCUCUCCUCACAGGACGACUUCUUGUCUCUCCUUCUACCGGGCUGGUAUCAGUUUGAGCGCCAGGUGACAAAGGAACAUGUAUUCUGCAGCAAGAUAUCGAAUAAAGUUGUGGAACUUGCAAAACAAGUCUCAAAUAUCACCCAAGCUUGUGCUACUUCUCAGGCGGAGAGCUUGAAUGACAAUGCGGACGGAAGCUUUCAGUCAGAAAUGACGUCCUAUUUGGUAUCUGUCAUUUUGUUGGUCAACCUGCAGAUGAGAUUGCCCUUCCCGUCCAAGGGGAAUGACAUGCACAACCCUGUGAGACAGCACAAGGCCGACUGCCCCCGGGGUAAAGAAGGGGAGACAUCUCAGCAGUCAAUGUCCCCACUGACUGGAGAAGCUGCUCAAAACUUCCAAAUGUCAUGCGUUCAUUUCCCCUUUCCAUUCUUCUGCUUAGGUUGGAGCUCGAGCAAAGAAACAAGUUACAAGAUCCUCACCAAUUUGAUCGCUGGUUGGCAAUUCCAAUCAGUAGAGCUGUUGGAAGCAACACAAGCCAUGUUACUAGCCGAAGUCCAAAGGGUUUUGAGAUCUUUGACAACAACAUCAAUCAGCAGUCAACCCGUGGUCAGAGUCGAGAAUGGAAACAGCGAGACACAGGUUGAAGAACUGGAGCUGGAGGACAAUACCAGAUCAGCUUCAGCGAACACGGUGACACAUGAUGGCAACACAGGCUUGGCAGAGCACCACGGGGCCCAGGAGGUGGCUGAUGGAUGUGCCAUCGAAGUGUCUGACAGUCCAGAUAGUCUGCGAGAGUGGCCUAUGUCCAGGAUCUGUUUUUGCAAAGUUUGCUGAAGAGACAGAACAAAUCCUCUCAGGUCUAAUGGCCAGUUCUUUGAUGGAGUACAACCUUGCGAAGACAAUAUGGUGGAAGCUCUCAAGAUGGUCAGCCCUGACUCAAUGUUGUAUAAAAAUUUAGAGUUGUUAUAUCUGGAAGAAAUAAUAAAAUACUGUGAUCACGUAACCAUGUGUAAAGCA